UAUAAUUUUUAUAUAAUAAUAAAUAAUAAUGAUCAAUAAUAGUAAUACUCAACAAAAUUCUACAACAACAACAACAACAACUACAACUAAUCAACAACAACAACCAUGGAUGAAUAUGCCGAUUACAUUACGAACAAAUCAGAUUUUGUUUGAAAAUCGUGAUGUACAACGUGCUGGUUGGCUAAAAUAUAUACCGUUUGCGGAAAAAUAUUCAUCAUCCGAUGAUCAUAAAUUCUGGGUUGUAUUCGCUGUUUAUGGAUCUCAAACACCGUAUCUAGAAUUCUAUCAAAAAAGACAAUCAAAUCAUCAACAACAACAACCACAAUCGGAUGGACCGGUAUCGAAACAUUCAUUAUUAAAUUGUCGCCAUAUAAACGCUGUGAUCGAAACAAAUUCUGAUGAAAGGCAUAAUGAAUUUUCAAUAACAUUAUCAACACAUGUGAUACGUUUGGCUGCUGAUACUGAUGAAGUUAUGUGGGAUUGGAUUGGUUCAUUACGAACAAAAUUGAUUGAAAUGAAAAUUCUACAACCGACAGAAAAUUUCUAUUCAAAAAGUCCAAUAUUACCUCCUCGACGGCCAAUAAUUAAUAAUUCUGAUACUCAAAAUAUAGUUCAAAAUUCAUCGGAUGAACUUUAUGAACCAAUAUUCAAUAUAACCAAUGAAAUUCAACGAAUGUCAAUGAAUCAAAAUUCGACAAUGAUGAUAAUGCCAGCUGAUGAAGGUCCACCACCUUAUGAAUGUAUUUUUACUAAUAAUCCAACAACAUCGCAUAAUAUAAAUCAAUCGGGUAAUGGUGGAAUUGUUCAUCGACCAUCAUUUCGUGAAAUGCAAGUUGAAAAAUUUCAAAAAGAAAUGCAACAAUUAAAUGGUGUUACAUUGAAAGUUAGAAAAAAAGAUUGUUACAAUGCAAUUGCAUUUGUUGAUAUUGAACCAUAUGGUAUAUUUAUUGCCGGUUGGAAACAACGUGAUCAUCCUUAUCUACAUAAUACUUUUCAUAUUGGUGAUCAAUUGAUUAGUAUCAAUGAAAUGACAAUUGAAUCGGCACAACAAGCUAAACAAUUUAUUAAACAAUCAACAACAAAUUUAGAUUUUAUUAUACGUCGUGUACCAUUUGGACAAAUAUAUUGUCUUAAACGUUUAUUUGAUGGUGAAGAUUUAGGAUUGAUACGUGAAAAAGGUACAGCCCGAAUAAUACGUGUAAUGGAAAAAAGUGUUGCUGAACGUUGUGGUUUUGAUUCUCAUUGUCAUUAUUAUCCGGGUAAUAAUGAUGAUAAUGGUGGUGGUAGAAUUAUUGAAUCACCAUCAUCAACAACAAUGAAUAUAAACGAUCAACAGAAUUGGUUUAUAACCGAAAUCAAUAAUCGUCCAUUGAAUUUAUUUUUUAAAAAUAAUGAAAUUGAAAGCCGUUUGAAUGCUAUUGGUAAAGAGAUAUCCAUCUUAGUACAACCAUUUGGUUUUAUUAAACGAUUAAAACGACAAUUAAAAUUAUUUAAACAUUAUAAAGAUUAUAUUGUGCAAUGAGAGACAAAAUGUUAUAAAAAAAA